ACACGCUGCGUCCACCAAUGAUCAACCUGAACGUGGACGAUGAUGUACAGUUUGUGAGAAGAACUCUGAAAGUCAAAAAGCCUCGAUUUGAUGCAUCCUUGGUUUAUUUGACCCAAAAAUUCAUGGAUCUUGUCAAAACAGCUCCAGAUGGUGUCCUUGAUUUAAAUGAAGUAGCAACAACUCUGGGAGUACGAAAACGAAGAGUGUAUGACAUCACCAAUGUGUUGGAUGGAAUCCACUUAAUUCAGAAAAGAUCUAAGAAUCUUAUCCAGUGGGUGCAUACUAGACAACUUUCAUAUUCUUCUAGAGGUUCUAAUCUUGACCAAGUUGUUGGAAAAGCACCAGAGCAGCAAAACCUUAAAGAUGAACUUUCUGACUUGUCAGCCAUGGAAGAAGCUCUGGAUGAAUUAAUCAAGGAUUGUGCUCAUCAACUAUUUGAACUAACAGAUGACAAAGAAAAUGCAAAACUAGCUUAUGUGACAUAUCAAGAUAUCCGUAGCAUUCAAGCAUUUCAGGAACAGAUGGUGAUUGCAAUCAAAGCUCCAGAGGAAACCAGAUUGGAAAUACCAAUUCCUAAAGAAGAUUGCAUAGAAGUACACGUGAAGAGCACAAAAGGACCCAUAGAUGUAUAUCUGUGUGAGGUGGAACAAGAGAAGCCAGGUGCCAAAACUUUUGAAGACAUGGAUCCUGUCGCUUCCGAAACUCCUCCUGAUGAAGUGAGAUCUGCGGGGGAAGAAAAAAACCAAACCACCUGAGAUGACAGAUUAAUUACAACUCAAAAAUGUAAUACAGAAUGUAAAUAUCUGUGUUAUAGAGCUUUUCCAAAGCCGCUUGGAUCUGCAAACUUACUAACCUGAAAUGUUCCAAAGUGUUUUAGAUUUAAAACAGCAGUGGCUUGGUUAAGUGCUUUCACAGGAUUGCUUAUCUUCCCAAGUCAAAAGGCGACAGUUCCUAGAGUUGCUUUUAGGAGCUUUGUUUUCAUAAUUGUAUGUGUUCUACAGAGUUUUGGGAAAAUUUUUAGCUUACAAAAUAAUUUUAAUUGACGGAAGACAUAGGCAGUUAAUGACUUCUAAAAAUGAAGAUUCGAAAACUAUUUCUGGAACGAUCCACAAUCCUUAUGAGUAUGUAUAUAAUAAAGAAAUGCACUUUUCAGUUCUGAGGCUGCACUACUACUAAGCAGGAUUGUCAAAUAGGAGUGUAACAUAGAACUGGUAUAUCAGAAACCUUCACUAUAAGGAACAAGAUGUAAAUAUCGUAAGUGUUACGCCUUACACCGUGUAGAUGCUGUUUGCAUUGUUUGCAUCCAGCUCUGCAUGAACUAUAGUAUCAACACUGAAGUUAAAUAAUUGGGCUUUUUGUAUAUAUCUGUAUGAUGUCUAGGUAGUUACUGAUGUAGAUUUAUUGAGAUGGUUUGCAUUUAUGCCUUUGUACAGCAAAGAAAUAAAAUAAGCUUAUCAAAAUAUUACGUAGUCUGAUCGGUCAGUCUAAUGGAAGCUGUUGGCUUGUCUUUGUUGGAAUUCACUGGGUAACUCCAAGCAUUAAAACUGACAUGAACGUUUUAAAUCUAUAAUCUUCAAAUUUAUAUGUGGUGCUGGCCACUAGCAUUUAGAUCUGAUGCUUGUGGUGCCAUGAUACCGUGGCAAUUUUCAGAAGAAAAGUCAUGAUCAAUAAUUACUUAUAUUGGUCCCUUCCAGUUCCUAGAGUUUACAUACAGCAUAGCUUCAGCCUAGUGCCAUGAUGUCUUUGUGGCUUUGGCUUGCAAAAAUACGUAAAAUACUUAAGAGCUACGUCUGUAUUCAUCCAUCUUUACUCUCUGUCAAGUGAAGCUUCAGAAUUUUGAUGCUGGGUUUUCUAAGUGAGUUAACCUGUCGCUGUACCAAUGCCGUGCUUAGGCUCAUUUCACUCCAGCACGGAGAAGUGUACUUCAUGGCUGGUGGGGGCAGGGGAUUGUAAAUCGGGACUCCAAGUCCUCCUUUUCCCGAUCACACAGUAUCAGCAACUAUCCAUCUACGCAGAAGUGAGAACAACAAAGCUAGUAAACCCCUAAUCAUUUUAACCAGUAACUCUUCAGCUAUUUUAGACAGAUGCAGUGAAAUUAAAUGCCCUGUGUUCUCCUAAUAAAUACAAGUAAGGGUGGGCAAAUGACAAUGAAGAGCUUAAAUAUACCAAAAUAUAGAUUGAGAGUUAAUCCAGGUUACCACGAGGCUCGCUAGUUCUGCAAAACAUGUAGUAUUACACUGUGCAGAUUGGGAAGUACACCCAGGGCGAGCUUGUGUCGGAAAGUAACUUUGACUUCUUAUGCAUGGGCUACCACCUUCCAGCUCCAGAAUACAGGACUUCGGCACUGGAUACUCUUUUUCUCUGCAUCUCUAUAAAAUGCAAACUACAGGCUGAGCUGUUACAAUAAUAAAUAAAAGCAAAAUGAAAGCACAUUUCAUGCAUAGAUCAUGGUAAAAAUGGGGAAGGUGCUCCUCCCAUGGAGCUGGAGGCAGGGAUUAAAAUAAAGAAGUCAUCUCUUUGCACAGAAAGGUGGUGCUUUUCCUUCAGUGGAUGGCUUCUUUCCAGAGGGCAAACUUGCUAUUUGAUUUUUUUACAUUGCUGUUCUGUUUUGGUGGCGAGAAAGGUCUGUGCCCAAGAGAAGUUAUUGAUUCCCCUAUGCUGGUUCAGCAGUUUGGGGUAACGUUUGCUGGGA